AGGGGUUCUUCUUUUACGUUUGAGCGAGUCCGUGACGUCAUCACUGCGCGUCAUGUUUACUGGAUAUUCUUCUGGUGUCAUCUCGAUUAUUUCACUGGAUAAAACAAUUGUGAACAGGGCAUCCAGCACUGAAUGAGGUCUAGAAUUGUCACCGAUCAGUCCUCCGUGUGGAGCUGAGAUGGGCCAGCAGCUUUCUGGCCAGGCAGUGAGCAGACUGCCUGAGAAACUGAUCAAACAUGUGGGGCUAGUGCGUGACAGCGGCUACCUCACCUAUGAUGAGUUCUUGGGUCGUGUGGCAGAACUCAGUGAUGUAACUGCUAAACUAGCUUCUUGCCAAAAGAAACAUCUUCUGUUUGAAGUGCAGCCUGGAUCUGAUUCAUCAGCAUUAUGGAAGGUUGCUGUGAGAAUAGUGUGCACCAAGAUUAACAAAGAGGAUGGAAUGGUGGAGGCCUCCCGCAUUAUGAACCUGUACCAGUUUAUGCAGCUUUACAAAGACAUCACUAGUCAGGCUGCUGAAGUCUUUGGGUCUCAGAUGGGCGCAGAGGGUUCCUCUGGACAGCUCUCGUCAGAAGAUACCUGCCAGGCCAGCAUGUGGAUGGGCAGGGUCAAACAGUUGACUGAUGAAGAAGAAUGCUGUAUCUGUAUGGAUGGAAAAGCAGAUCUUAUUCUACCCUGUGCACACAGCUUCUGCCAGAAGUGUAUUGACAAGUGGAGCGGUCAAAGCCGCAACUGCCCCGUUUGCCGUAUUCAGGUGACUGCUGCUAAUGAAUCUUGGGUCAUGUCAGAUGCUCCCACGGAGGAAGAUGUAGCUGGAUACAUUCUCAAUCUUGCGGAUGAAGCUGGUCACCCACACAGACCUUAAAAUGAAGCACUCUGCCACUGUCAUGUUCACUCUCUCCCCAUAACCUUCUGUUAAUAGUUAUUUCAUAGGAUGACUAUGGGACUGAGUAUUUGUUGCACUAUAUAGUGUCACUCACUGGAGGCAAUAACUGCUGAAUAAUUGGACUUUUUUAAAAGCACUUUUUAGGUUAAUGCAGCACGGUAUGCCACCAAAUCAGUUCAUAGACUGUGAACAUGCAUUCUGUAGAUAAAUGCUAGAUAACAUGUAGCUAUAUAACAUCUUUGCCUUCAUAUUUUUCAGCUCAUGGCACUUGCUGUUUUAUCUUGUUUGUGAAAUAAUUGCACUUAAUUGUGUUUGAUUCGUAGAGGCCUUGUACAGUAAUACCUGAAGAAAUUGUUUCAGUAUCAGCUUGUGCAACAGUUUAAUGGUAUGAUUGAUGCUACAAUUUAGUCAAACAUGAUGUGGUAAAAUGACUGUACAGUUUAUUUGGAUUUAUAAUAUAAAAUUGAAUAACUUUAGUGAUAUAUUUGAAAUGAACUUUUUACCUCUCUGUAAGUUGGAAUAAAUGUUAAAGGGAUAUUUCACCCAAAAAUGAAAAUUCUCAUAAUUUACUCACUCUCAUGCCAUCCCAGAUGUGUAUGACUUUCUUUCUUCUGCUGAACACAAAUGUAGAUUUUUAGAAGAAUAUUUCAGCUCUGUAGGUCCUUACAAUGCAAGUGAAUGGUGACCAGAACUCCAAAAGCUCCAAAAUUGAGAUAAAGUCAGCAUAGAAGUAAUCAGACUCCAGUGGUUUAAUCAAUGUCUUCUGAAGCGAUCCAGUUGGUUUUGGGUGAGAAUAGACCAAAAUGUAACUCCUUUCUCACUGUACACCUUGGCAUUGCAGUCUCUAGCCACGAUCAUGAUUUCAAGCUUGGUUACACUUCCUAGUGUGAACGCAUGCACAGAGCAUUAGAUGGCACAAUAGGAAGUGUAAUUGAACUUGAAAGCAUGAUCGCCGAGGAGACUGCUGUCAAUAUGUACAGUGAGUCAUAUUUUGGUCUGUUCUCAGACAAACCCAAAUGGAUCACUUAUGAAGACAUUGAUUAAACCACUGGAGUCUGAUGGAUUACUUUUAUGCUGAUUUUUAUCUCCUUUCAAACUCAUUUUGGAGUUCUGUUCACCAUUCACUUGUAUUGUAUGGACCUUCAAAGCUUAGACAUUCUUCUAAAAUCUUCAUUUGUGUUCAGCAGCAUAAAGAAUGUCAUACACAUCUGGGAUGGCAUGGGGGUGAGUAAAUGAUGAGAGAAUUUUCAUUUUUGAAAUGAAAUUAUGGGACAUGGCUGGGUUAUAUACAACAUUCAUAAUUACUUUGAAACAUAAUUAGGUCUUUUCAUAGGAAUUUGUAUUUUAUUCUACAGGGCAUCACUGGAGGUUAGUUUCCUUUUAAUAGUUUUUUUCCAGUUUGAUGUUCUAAAAUCCAGACUAUUCAUUUUGCACUUUUGUGAGUGUGAGAGAGACUGUGAAUUGUUAUCAUUAAAUCAUUAAAGACAUGUAUAGUUAAAAUGCUAUAUAAAAUUAAGUAUUCAGUUUAUUAAUAUUUAAAGCUGUUCAUGAAGAUUUAAUCUACUUUUUCAAUUUAAUUUCUGUAAUAAUAUUCUCACAGAUUUAUAGAGAUGAAGUGACUGAAUGUUAAUAGUUUUAUCAGAACAAAUGACACUAGUUGCGGUUUCCUCUAUGAUGGUGUGUUGUAGGACAGCUUUGAACGAUUGGACUGGGGUGUCAGUGUUCUCAGUUCCCUCUGGCUUGUGUAAAUCUCAGAUAAUAAAGUGUAUUGAAUCAU